GGGAGCCGCGGCGAGGCCAGGACGGGGGGGGGGGGCGGGGGGGGACCCGCCCCUGCCGCCCGGGCCUCCGCGCGCCCCCGGCCCCUCCCGGGAAGGCGGCAGGAGCGGCCGGGGCGCGGGCCCCUUCGCAGGAAAAUCAAACCGGGCUGGCGGCCUCGCAGCCAAUCGCGGGGGAGAUGGGCCAGCCUCGGCCAAUGGCCGCCGCGGAUGCUAAUGAGCGCUGACGCCACGCGGAGGCCCAUUCAAAAAGUAGCCGCUAUUGUCGGCACGGGCUGCGUGCGCCCGCCGGGCCCCGCCGUCGGGCCGCGCGGGGACCCAGCCGGGGGCGGGCCCAGGACGGAGCCCGGCCGGCAGGCCCAUGGCCGGAGGCGCGAUGGCUGAGCCGGGCCGCGCGCCGCCCGCCGCGCCCGGCACCGAGGGGCUGCCGCGCGCCUUCCUGCAGAGCCUGCGCACCCUCUUCGACAUCCUGGACGACCGGCGGCGCGGCUACGUGCACCUGCGCGAGAUCGAGUCCCGCUGGCGGGGCGCCGACACGCGCGAGCUGCCCCGCGGCGUCCUCGAGGGCCUGCGCCAGGUGGCCCCGGCCAGCGGCUACCUGACCUUCGAGCGCUUCGUGGCCGGCCUGCGCGCCUCGCUGGGGAGCGCCGACGGCGGCCCGCGGGGCCCGGCGCGCGCCCCGGCCCGGGGAGGCGGCCCCGCGCGGCCCGGGGGCCAGCCGCCGCCGCCGCCGCCCCCGCAGCGCCUGGUGUUCGCGCCCGCGGAGGAGCCGCGGACCGUCCUGGAGAGGAAGCCCCUGCCGCUGGGCGCGCGCCCCCCGGCGGUCGGCCCCGGCGGCGCGGCCCGGAGCCUGGAGAAGCUGUGCGUCCCGGCGGAGGCGGCGCCCGGCCUCGCGGAGCCCGAGCGGCCGCAGGGCACGGCGCUGGAGCGCAGCCCGAGCUCGGACGCGGGCGCAGUGACCUGCAGGGCCUGGGAGCUGGGUGUGGGGGACCCCCGGCGGGCCCCCCGAGCCCGGGGCGAACGACGGAGACACACCAUCACAAACGGAGUGGACUGUGAGCUGCUGAAGCAGAUGGCGGAGCUGGAGCAGGAGAAGGAGGUGCUGCUGCAGGGUCUGCAGAUGAUGGCCCGGGGCCGAGACUGGUACCAGCAGCAGCUGCAGCGCGUGCAGGAGCGCCAGCGCCGCCUGGGCCAGAGCCGGGCCAGCGCCGAGUUUGGGGCUGAGGGGAGCCCCCGCCCGCUGGGGCGACUGCUGCCCAAGGUGCAGGAGGUGGCCCGCUGCCUGGGGGAGCUGCUGGCUGCGGCCUGUGCUGGCACGGCUCUGCCCUCGGCCUCCUCGGGGCCCCCGUGCCCCGCUCUGGCCCCCACCUCACCCCCGGCGCCUGGCUGGCAGCAGCAGACCAUCCUGAUGCUGAAAGAGCAGAACCGGCUCCUCACGCAGGUGAGGAGGUGACGGACAAGAGCGAGCGGAUCACGCAGCUGGAGCAGGAGAAGUCCGCCCUCAUCAAGCAGCUGUUCGAGGCGCGCGCCCUCAGCCAGCAGGACGCCGGGCCUCUGGACUCCACCUUCAUCUAAGGCCACGGGCAAGGACAUGGCCUCUUGGCCGGACACUGGCCCUAGAUCCCAGCCUCAGGCUGACGACCACCCGGCUGGCCUGGACACGGCUCUCCCGCCUCCCAGUCUGGGCCCCCAGCCCCAGGUGGAGGCGGCAGGUGGGCUGGCCCCAGGGUGCCCCUCCAUCCUGGCCUGGGCAUGGGGGCUGACCUGGGCCAGGGCUCUGUUGUGCGGGCUCAUCCUGAAGCUGCAGCCACCGGUCAGUGGAUCCCUCUUCCCGUUUGCCAGGUGUCCGCCGGCCGUUUUAUCUCGUUUUAUCAGGUGUGGGCCGGUCUGCCCAGUGUUUCCAGCUGGCCCGUCUCCCCUCCCCCUGGCAGCCGCAGUAAAAGGUCCUGGGCACUCCGGGCUGCACUUCUGACAGCAGCCAGCAGAGGGCACCACCUGCGUGCUGGUCAUGGAUCCUGAAGCCCCCACCGAGGUCUCCCGUGGGGGCUGGGACACCUGAGGGCCAGCAGGUCACCUCUCUCAACCCAGGACGCCCCGACUAGGGGCCCCUCAGCAGGAACAGAUGGAGGGGGUGGGGGGUGGCUCUGACAGGGGAUGGGGUCUGCCUAUACCUGGUUUCAGGGACCCCCCGGGAUGGAUGGAGGUCCUGGAGUGGGGCUGGAAGGAUGGCCUGCUUGCCCCUCCACACAGACUCCGGGCCCUAAAUCAGCAUGGCUUAGCCGUCAUCCCUCCUGGCCCAGACCCAACCCAGGCAACCCACAGAGCAAUCUGACCUGGCUCAGGGCCGCGGGGCCCCCAGGCACCCUGGCCAGGGCGGGCUGUGGUCACCAGUGGCUCCGGUGUGGCCCUCACCAGGGAUCCCAGACGAGCCGUGAGGGGCCUGGUGGGCCGAGCACCCCCGCCAGGCAUGCACCCCACCUGCGGCCUCCUUCCCUCCGCAGCUUGGCCCCAGGGCUAGGCGGGGAGACAGCCUGUUGCUCAGAAAGGAGCUCAGGGCUCAGAAGGAGGCUGGGACUGGUCCUCCAGGGAGGGGGGCAGGGAGCAGGUCCGAGGGCGGGACAGUCCGGAGGGCACCCAGGCAGACCUGCAGGGCACCCAUGCCAGCCCCGAGGGCCUGCCCACAGGACUCCCCAAGUCUUCCUCUUCCAUGGUUCUUGGAUCUGCCCCUCCCUCUCAUCCCAUGACCAGUCCCCCAACCUAGACCAGGCCCUGAGCCCACCCUCUCUGGGGGUCCUUCUGCUCCCCAAAUGCAGCCUGUGACACUUCCAGAACUGGAACCCACAGUCCCCUGCUCCAAAUCCUCCCGUGAUCCCAGCACUUGCAGACCCAGCCCCAGUGCUGUGCCCUGACCAGGAAUUGAACUGGUGACCUCGUGCUUCCUGGGUCCAGGCUCGAGUCCCCACCCAACCUUCCGGUUUCGGGCUGUAGCUGUGCAGCCUGCCUCCCACCUCUGGGCUUUGCACAUGCUGUUCCAUCUGGAACGUCCCGCCCCGCCUCCCCUGGCUUGCUCCUCCCCGGCCCUCCAGGAUGGGUCAGAACGGCCAGGGAUCUGGGGAGAUAGGACCCAGGUCUGCCCCGGGGGCUGUCAUCAGGAGACCCCCCACGUGAAGCUGGCCCUGAGGUAGCAGGGAGAGCCUGGCUGCGCGAAGGAGAGGGAAGGCGGCUCCGCGCCCCGGUGUUCCGUGCAGGUGCCGUCAGUUGCCCGUGUGGCCCUGCGGCCUCAAGAGCAGGAUCUCAGGGGUCCCCGGUUGGCAGGGCCAGGCCACCGGCAGAGGCAGACACCUGGAGAGGCCCCUCAGGCUUGCAGGGUGGUGUUCAGGGUGGGGCAGCCCGGGCCCUGUGCUGAGGGGGGCCCUGGCUUCCCCACUAGAUGCCAGAAACAACCAGAAUGUGUGACACUUGGGGGGCGAGGGGGACCCCAAACUGCCCCCAUGAGAACCUCUGCCCCCAGAAGAGCAAGUGCCUUCAGGCUAAAGACAAGUUUUCCCAAACACAAGGAAAGGCCCCGCCAUGGCAGCCACAGAAACAGCAGACUAGAUCCCCAGGUGUUGGGAGUGUCAGGAUGUAAAAUAACUUAUAUGUGUAAGGAAAUAAAAGGCCCUUGUAAAUGUGAACAAGGAGUAGUCUUUGGUUUCUUUCUUUAAAAUAGGUUUUUAUUGAUCUUUCAGAGAGGAAGGAAGAGGGAGAAAAACAUCGAUGAGAGGAAUUCAUCCAUCGGCUGCCUCCUGCACGCCCCACCAUGGGGGUCGAGCCCGCAACCCCAGCGUGUGCCCUGCCCAGGGAUUGAACCGGUGACCUCUGGCUUCCUGGGUCCGUGCUCAACCGCUGGGCCACGCCGGCCAGGCACUGUGCAAGGUUCUCAGGGGGAAAUUUGCCACCU